CCAUGGAAUCUACGGAAAUACAUGCUGGGAAGCGGCAGUGGACGCUGCGUGUGCGAACCAUUGUCCGCAGACUAAAGCAGGAAUCUGAGGAUUGCAGCUGUUCUUUCUUGCUCCGGGUGACGUAGUUUCAUUCUUCGCACGUUUUAUUCUGGAAAAUGCAACAGACGAGGAGGGUCUCUGCGUCAAAGAUGUCAACGUGCAACAUUUGAAACGAUCGAAAUCAUCGAAUGUGCUUUCUUGAACUACCUGCGAUCAUCACAGAGAAGCCUCUUUUCCGAGAGGACAUCAACAUGUUGACUGACAGGAGGAACAACCGGGAGUGAAAACAUAAAGCAAUAGACCAAGCUUUUAUAGACUUGUGUCCCCAUCAAGUACCUGCGUUGAGCACCGUUCAAAGACAGGCAGCGGGGAGGUGAAUGCACUGGGAGCCGUGGUGGUUUGCAGCCCCUGAAGAUGCUCCAGACUGGUAAUUACUCACUGGUGCUGCUGAUCCAGAUGACACUGUUGACCUAUGACCUCUUCGUCAACUCCUUCGGUGAACUCUUGAGGGGAGCACCGGUCAUCCAACUCGUGCUUUUCAUCAUUCAGGACAUUGCCAUCUUGUUCAACGUGAUCAUCAUUCUGCUGAUGAUGUUCAACACCUACGCGUUCCAGGUCGGCCUGGUGUCCCUCCUCCUGGAGCGCUUCAGGGCUCUGCUGAUAUUCUCUGCUGUUUACCUGACGCUCAGCAUCGGCUUUCACUGCUGGGUGUUGAAUCUUAGAUGGUUUGAGUCAAACCGUUUCGUUUGGACAGAUGGUCUUCAAGCUCUUUUUGUUUUCCAGAGAACAGGGGCAGUGAUGUAUUACUACUUAUACAAACGAACAGCUGAGUACAUGGGCGACCCGAGGCUGUACGAGGACUCUCUGUGGCUGCGGGAGGCCUUUGCGCGAGGUCGUCAGUGAAAAAGAGAGCAAAGUUCUUCUGACUAUUCUGAAUUUUUUGGAUGUUUGCAUUUUUUUAAAACACGAAGCAACGUCUCAACCAUCAUGUGUUUACUGGCGUUUCGUAGCCAAUCAAUCUAUUGCUUAAACGGUUUAGUGGCAGGUAAGCCACCCAUGGUAGUAUUGCAUUAAGCAGGAUCGUCUCUCUUAAUCUAUGUGGCCUUUGUAAACCAAAUUGAAUUGCAGACAGAAUGGAACACAUUGGAAGUAGUAGUAGUAUAUGGGGAAGUUUGUUUUGAUCUAUGUGCAUUAGUAGAACAUGUGAUUUGAGGAAAAGUUAUUCUCCCAUGCAGGAGGAUUAAUUAUGCCUUAUGUAAGGUCACUAUGCAGAUUACAUGGUUAAUGUUAUUUUAAUAAGCCAAUUUUAUGUGAUUCCAGUUGUCUUUUAAUGGGGAUCUUUGAAUAGUAUUCCCACUGUUUGUAUUAAAUAAUCCUUCUCUAAUCCAGGUGUAAUCCCAAGAGUCGGUAUUGUGCUGUAGACAAGGUGAAACAGAGUGCUCUAUUUUUAACACAAAGAUUAAUCAGGGAUUUGGGUUUUAAGUUCCACUAGUGAAACGCAUCAAAAAUAGUCUUCAGUGCGUCAAAAUAACCUUCUAAUCUCAAUGACCCAACAGGUCAAGUUCCAGCGAACGUCAGGUCUCCUCUGAAUAAUAAUGUCUAUCAUUAUUAUGUAACAUUUGAUACAUAUGUUCAAAUCAAUGCAACUGAUCAAUUAAUGCAAGUAGUUUCAGAUAUCAGGUUGGACAAAGAAAGACAGUAAAAGUUAUACAAAUCCCCUUUACUAGUGACAAGAGAACCAGAGUCCAUAAGAUGCCAAAAUGUCAGUGCAGUCCAAUUAAAUCGAGUCCAUGUUG